UGGCGCGCCGGCGCCUGCGCAAUCGCCUUCAAGCGCCCCGACCGGGAUGGCGGCCGUUUUGGAGGCGCUGCUGCGAGAGGAGGUGUCGGUCGCCGAGGCCGUGCGGUGGAUCGCGCGCAGCGCCCAGAGUUCGGAGGAUGACCCCGGGGAGGCGGCCGCGCUGGGCUCCCUCCGGCCACUGCGGAAGGAAUUCGUGCCGUUCCUGCUCAACUUCCUGAGGGAGCAGAGCAGCCGCGUCCUCCCGCAGGGCCCUCCAACCCCCGCCAAGGCCCCGGGCUCCUCGGCAGCUCUGCCAGGGAGGCCGGGGGGCCCGCCGCGGGGCGGCCGCGGGGCGCGCAGCCAGCUCUUCCCCCCGACCGAGCCUUCGAGCGCCGCCGCCGCCGAGGCCCCUUCGGCCCGCCGCGGGGGCAGGAGGCGGGGCCCGGGGCCGGGCCGCGAGCGGGGAGGCCGCGGCCCCGGGGGCCUGGAGGAGGGGGUCGGCGGAGAGAGUCAGCCUUGGGCCGGGGGCCGGAGGCCCAGAGGCUCUGGCAGCCCCGGCAGCCCCAGCCUCGCGCGCUCUGAUCCGCCAAACCUCAGCAACCUGGAGGAGUUCCCUCCCGUAGGCUCGGUUCCCCCGGGCCCUGCAGGCAGGACGAAGCCUUCACGCCGGAUCAACCCAACUCCGGUGAGCGAAGAGCGGUCACUCUCCAAGCCCAAGACCUGCUUCACCUCACCCCCAAUCAACUGUGUCCCCAGUUCCCAACCCUCAGUCCCGGACACUAGCCCUUGGGGCCAUGGCCUUCCCCCAGGGUGCAGAAGUCUGCAAGAGGAGCGGGAGAUGCUCAGGAAGGAGCGCUCUAAGCAGCUGCAGCAGUCACCGACCGCCGCCUGUCCCACCUCAGAAUCGGGGUCUCCCCUCCCCAGCCGGACAGGAAACCUCACAGCUGAACCUGCUGACCCUGCCAGAGUGUCUUCCCGCCAGCGCCUGGAGCGGAUAGCCCUCGUCUACUCUUCAUGCAUUGCCGAGAACCUGGUACCAAACCUCUUCUUGGAGCUUUUCUUCGUCCUUCAACUCCUUACUGCUCGGAGGAUGGUGGCCACCAAGGACAGUGACCUUGAACCAACUCCAGGAGCACCAGAUUCCCUGGAAAGCCCACUGUUCCAGAAUGUCCAUGAUUGUGUCUUCUUUGCAGUGCAGGUUCUGGAGCAUCAGUUUCAGGUUCUUUCCUACCUGGACAAAGGGACCUUGAAGCUGUUGGCUGAGAACGAGCGGCUGCUGUGCUUCUCACCGGCUCUGCAAGGCCGCCUCCGAGCUGCCUAUGAGGGCAGUGUUGCCAAGGUCUCUCUGGCGAUGCCACCCUCUGCUCAAGCUGUCUCCUUUCAGCCAGAAACAGACAAUCGUGCCAACUUCUCCAGUGACCGAGCCUUUCAUACUUUUAAAAAACAGAGGGACGUGUUUUUUGAGGUGCUUCGAGAGUGGGAAGAUCGGCAUGAGGAACCUGGCUGGGAUUUUGAGAAGGGCUUGGGCAGCAGGAUCAGAGCCAUGAUGGGUCAGCUCUCUGCAGCCUGCAGCCAUAGCCAUUUUGUUCGGCUUUUCCAGAAACAACUUCUCCAGAUGUGUCAGAGUCCUGGUGGCGCUGGGGGCACUGUCUUGGGGGAGGCUCCGGAUGUGUUAAGUAUGCUUGGAGCUGACAAGCUGGGGCGGUUGCGGCGCCUACAGGAAAGGCUCGUGGCCCCUCAGAGCAGCGGGGGCCCCUGCCCACCCCCCACCUUCCCAGGCUGUCAGGGCUUCUUCAGGGACUUCAUCCUGAGCGCCAGCAGCUUCCAGUUUAAUCAGCAUCUCAUGGACAGUCUGAGUUUGAAGAUCCGGGAGCUGAACAGCCUUGCCCUGCCCCAACCUGAGCCUAGCGACGAAGACGGGGAGUCAGAUGUGGACUGGCAGGGUGAACGGAGGCAGUUUGCCGUGGUGCUGCUCAGCCUGAGGCUUCUGGCUAAAUUCCUGGGCUUUGUGGCUUUCCUGCCGUACCGGGGGCCCGAGCCACCCCCGACCCGUGAGCUCCAGGACUCCAUUCUGGCCCUGAGGAGCCAGGUGCCCCCUGCCCUGGACGUGCGGGCUCUGCUGCAGCAGGGGCUGCGGGCCCGCCGAGCCGUGCUCACUGUGCCCUGGCUGGUGGAAUUCCUUUCCCUCGCCGACCACAUCGUGCCCCUGCUGGACUAUUACCGCAGCAUCUUCACUGUCCUGCUGCACCUACACCGGAGCUUGGUCUUGUCAAAGGAAAGCGAAGGGGAGAUGUGUUUCCUGAACAAGUUGCUGCUGCUUGCUGUCCUGGGCUGGCUUUUCCAGAUUCCCACGGUCCCUGAGGACCUGUUCUUUCUGGAAGAGGGUCAGUGGGAUGCCUUGGAGGUGGCUACAGUAGCUUCCGAGCAUGGGCUGGAUGGCAUGCCUGUGGUGGACCAGCACCUGCUCUACACCUGCUGCCCCUAUAUCGGAGAGCUCCGGAAACUGCUGGCGUCAUGGGUGUCGGGCAGCAGUGGGCGGAGUGGGGGCUUUGUGAGGAAGAUCACUCCCACCACCACCACCACCGGCCUUGGAGCCCAGCCUCCGCGGACCACCCAGGGGCUGCAGGCACAGCUGGCCCAAGCCUUCUUCCACAACCAGCCGCCUUCCCUGCGCAGGACUGUGGAGUUUGUGGCAGAGAGAAUCGGCUCUAACUGCGUCAAACACAUCAAGGCCACGCUGGUGGCAGAUCUGGUGCGCCAGGCAGAGUCGCUUCUUCAAGAGCAGCUGCUGACACGGGGACAGGACGGGGGAGAUCCAGCCCAGCUGUUGGAGAUCUUGUGCUCCCAGCUGUGCCCCCAUGGGGCGCAGGCAUUGACCCGGGGGCGGGAGUUCUGUCAGAAGAAGAGCCCUGGGGCCAUACGGGCACUGCUUCCGGAGGAGACCCCGGCAGCUGUUCUAAGCAGCGCAGAGAACAUUGCUGUGGGGCUUGCAACAGAGAAAGCCUGUGCUUGGUUGUCAGCCAACAUCACAGCACUGAUCAGGAGAGAGGUGAAGGCGGCAGUGAGUCGCACACUUCGAGCCCAGGGUCCCGAAGCAGCUGCCCGGGGGGAGCGGAGGGGCUGCUCCCGAGCCUGUGAGCACCAUGCUCCCCUCCCCUCCCACCUCAUCUCCGAGAUCAAAGAUGUGCUGUCUUUGGCUGCGGGCCCCCGGGACCCCGAGGAGGGAGUCUCUCCGGACCAUCUGGAGCAGCUCCUGGGCCAGCUGGGCCAGACACUGCAGUGCCGCCAGUUCCUGUGCCCGCCUGCGGAGCAGCAUCUGGCGAAGUGCUCUGUGGAUUUAGCAUCCCUCCUUGGUAUGGCUCCUUUUCAUGACAUCACGCUCUUGCUGGAUCCCCCAGAUCACAGGGCCGGCUGGACUUUCUUCUUUUCCCAUAGUGGCAGACCACAUCCCUGUCCCCGGGCCCCCGGCCCCGCGCAGGCUAGAGAGGGGGCAGGCUCGAAGGCUCCUGCACGCGCUGCUCUCCUUGUGGAAGGACGACUUUCAGGUGCCGGUUCCGCUGCAGCUGCUGCUGAGCCCAAGAAACGUGGGGCUCCUGGCGGACACUCGGCCAAGAGAGUGGGACCUGCUGCUCUUCUUGCUCCGGGAGCUGGUAGAGAAAGGGCUCAUGGGACGGACAGAGAUAGAGGCCUGCCUGGGCAGCCUCCGUGACGCCCAGUGGCCAAAGGACUUCUCCGAAGAAUUAGCGACACUGUUCCACCUGUUUCUAGCUGAGCCUCACAUGCCAGAACCCCAGCUAAGAGCUUGUGAGCUGGUGCAAACAAACCGGGGAACUGUGCUGGCCCAGAGCUAGGGCUGGGGAGCAGUCUUAUCUUGGGUGUCUGACCAGAACCCCGGCCUCAGGAGGAGGCCCCCACGCCCCCCCACUGAGUGCUCACUGCUGACCCUUGCUGAGGAAGGAGUAGCUAAGUCUGUAGUCAGGCCUCCUGCUCAUGUGUGAAGGAAGUGUGGGGCUGCCUGGCAUCCCACCGACUGCAGGCUCACCACCCAAGUCCUAGAGGAAGGAGAGUUCGCCUGAUUCAGGAUUAUGAUGGCAAAGCCUAGAGACUCCAGUCCUGGAGCAGAAGAGUUGGCAUUUAUUACUUGGAUUAUUAAAUGACACGCGUGGGCUUGACAACACAGGACUUGAGCCCCAUUUGCUGCUACCCCAGUGUCCCUUAAAACUUUGUGGUUUGGAAAUCAUGACAGAGGCAAAUGACUUCUGCUUAACCUGUGGGUAAAGUUAAAACAUGAAUCUUGGGAGUUGACAUUAUCUUACCACCAGGAGCUGGACCGCCUGCCAUCUCCUUAAAAAUGCACAAUACGUGAGUGGGGGGGGGGCUGCCCCUCCGGAAACCCAGCUUUGACCCUGCACCUUCUCUGCCUUCAGCCCCGGGCAGGUACUAACUCUCAGCCGUAGCUCCGUCCGGGGGCCGAGCACAGGGCAGAACAUUAGAGCUUUUUAAAAUAAACUGUUUUCUUUA